GGUCAUUGAAUGGGUCUUCAGAAGCAGAGUUGCUAAAACUGACAGAAAAUGGCAUAUCGAAGAGAUGAAAUGUGGUCUGAAGGGCGAUAUGACUAUGAAAGAGUUCCAAGAGAACGUCUUCCUCCAAGGAUUCAUCCUGAUGCAACAACAAAAUUUCUGCAUUUUCAGCAAACUGGAAAUCAGAUAAGUUUGCACAGGGAUGAUUACCAUAGAGUAGUAAACAUUGUGCCCAAGAAACCACCGCUGCUCGAAAGACCUGGGGAUGGGAAUUACAGUCGGUAUGAUGAUUACAGUCACACUGAGUACAGAGACUAUGAAGAGGGUCGCAGUUUUGCCCAUGACAGAAGAAGUGGCCCUCCACACCGAGGUGUACGUAAGGAUGAAUCAGGAUACAGAUGGCCAAGGGAUGAUCAUCCUAUAAGUCGGCAGCCUGAAUACAGGGACGUCAGAGAUGGCUUCAGAAGAAAAAGCUUCUAUCCUUCUCAUUAUAUGAGAGAGCGAUCCCCUCAUAAGAGGGACUCUCCUUUCUUCAGGGAAUCGCCAGGGAGCCGAAGGGAUUCUCCGCACAGCAGAUCUGGCUCUAGUGUCAGCAGCAGGAGCUACUCUCCUGAAAGAAGCAAAGCCUAUCCUUUCCACCAGUCCCAGCAUAGCAGAAGUAAAGAGAGGACGUCAGUUCAAUCACUGAAAACAUCAAGAGAUGCAUCACCUUCAGGCUCCACAGCAGUACCCUCAUCAAAGGGCUUGGAUAAGAGCAACAGACAAUUGGAAAAGGAACUUGCAGAAGCUGCAAGCAAGUGGGCAGCUGAAAAGUCAGAGAAGGCCGAUGAAAGCAAUUUACCUGAAAUAACAGAGUAUGAUGCUGGGUCUUCAGCUCCAUUAUACGUUGAACAAACAGAGGAAACAGAAACAAAUGUAACAGAAAGUACAGAAUUAUAUGAGGAUGGCCAGCUUCUUGGCCGCUCAAAAGCAAUUGCAACUAAGACAAAGGAGAUUGAACAGGUCUACAGACAAGACUGUGAAACCUUUGGCAUGGUAGUGAAGAUGCUAAUUGAUAAAGAUCCAUCAUUAGAGAAGUCCAUUCAGUUUGCCCUGAGGCAGAACUUGCAUGAAAUAGGUGAGCGAUGCAUUGAAGAACUCAAACAUUUCAUUGCUCAGUACGAUGCUGCCAAUCAAGAUCUAUCAGAACCCUUCAAAGAGGGCCCGUACUAAGGACAAAAAUACGCUUUUAGAUCCUCUGCAUUGUGUAUGCCAUAAUACAUAAAUCUGCUUUUCGCGGGGAAAGAGGAGAUCUCGUUGGAGAUUUGAACCCAAGGCCUGCGCUCCUUCGUAGUAGCUCAGGUGGCUAUAUCUCAUUCGCUGUGGUCUCCACAAUUGUAUUCUUCCUACCUGUACUUGUUGACAUAUAUUCCCUUGAAAGGAUGUUCUUUUCAAAAAUGCUGUAAAGUGACAAACUAUUUUUGAAACCUUUACACAGUUACCUAGGAAAAAAUCGGUCCAAUGGAUGUACACUUAUGUUUUGAUGUUUAUAAGUGUAACUUCAAACGCUGUAUUUUUUAUUAAAAUUACAAGAAGCAGCUCUUCAUUCCUCAA